AUGUCACCUAACAUACACAAAGAGGAGGCUCUUGGCCCCAGUUCGGCACAAGAGCAUGAGAGAUAUGAGCUGUGGAGGUUUUUGCAUCAUUGGGCAAACACAGCGCAGUAUGAAUUUGAGACACUGAAUGUUGUUCAAGAAUGGCUUCUGCAUUUCGCGAUGCAACAUAUGAACAACGAGUCCCAGGCAAAUAGUGUACAACUGUUUUGGCAUCUUCUCACAGCCUCUGACAUCUGUGAGAAUGGGUCUGACAAUCUGAAACAGUGGUUAUUGGUGAGGAAUGAUUCUUUUGACGAAGAGAAACUCCGAGAUCUAUCAUGGACCCCCCGACGCACGGAAGGACGAGAUUCGGCAGGAUCCGUCCACGAAGAAGAUCAGCCAAAUUGUGUACUCCCCAAACAAAUUGUUCCAAUAGUCUGGAGUCACCUCGAACAAAGCACUUAUGGGAGUAAGACCGAAGUUUUGGUGUCAGCAAAGACAAACCUGAUGAAAACCCCUGUGGACAGCAAUGAAAACCCAAAAGAGAUUUUCAGCUUUGAUACAAUGAUCUCAGCCUGGAAAUCACCAAACGGCAUGCCUACUGAGUCAAGUUCUGCAGUCACCACUGAAGCUGCCCAUUCCGCUACACUAAUCCGUAUCAACGCACUGUCGAACAGCCUAGCAAAGUGGGGUGACAAAUAUCAAGCUGAGUGUUCCAAACAUUUCUCAUGCUCUGUCACACAUGCAGCAGAUACAACACCAGCCCUGGACAACAAGGAGGAAUGGAGACAACUUACACAGAAUGAGGCUGAGAGGGCCGCGUUUGAGUACCUUGACACAAUUUGGAACACGCUUGACAAAGACAAAACAUCCAUCAACAUGCAAGCUUUGAGUCCAUCACGUUUGAAUUUGGAAAAAUCAUUUGAGUAG